AUCAGCGAAUAAAUAGGAGCAGGUCUCUCAGUGCAAAGCACAUCCCUCACCUUGAUAUUCUGUCUUCACGUUCUGCUGGAAGAAGAAGCUCACUUCAAAAUGAAAUUUAUUCUGCUUGUGUCCUGCAUACUUGCGGUUGCUUUCUGUGCCCCUAAACCACAGGGUUACAAGGAGUUUGACAUCCAUCAUGCUCCGGCUGAGGCAGCCCAGGCCAUCCCUGCUGGAGCCCCAGCUGGAACUCUCGAAGUUCUGCUGCCGGUGAACAGCCUCAGACAACCAAUUGGAGGAGCCGUGAGUGGCUUCAUUAAACAGGAGAUUCCACGGGGAAAUGGUGAAGAUGACGAGGUGUACUACCCCUUUGGCUUUAACGUGGCAGCUCCAGCUGCACCAGCAGCUGCUGCUGCUGACCCCGUCAUCCCUGCUGCUGUUCCUGCUGCUCCUGCUGCUGUUCCUGCCGCUCCUGUUGCUCCAGUUCUGGUCGUCGCUGCCCCGGCUCCCAUACCCAAGGGAGAUGAUGAGGAGGAUGAAGAUGACUGAGAAAACAUCAGCAUUUUCUUUUUUUGCUACCAAGUGAGCCAACAGGUGACUGGACGAGUAAGGCUUUCAACCCCUCAAUACCCCCAUCUCAAGCCAGCACUUCUUUAAGUGAUUUACAGAUACGGUGCUUUGCUGCCUAACGGAAAUGCACUGUGAACAUGGUGCUACUUUAGUAAAUCAUGACAAGUAACAAGCUAAAACUUAAAAUGUGAUUUUGUUUUUUUUGUUUUUUUGACAUCUUUGCAUGUUUUUUCAUCUCUAUCUGCUGUCAUAUUUGCCAAUUGUCUAAUAAAUAAAAUGGUUGCAUUCGCAGA